AACAACACCCGGGGUGUUAAUCAUUUUUUCCACUCUUCCCCUUUCAUACGUUCAAAGUCGUUUCAUCGAUCGUGAUAGCAGAUCAAGUUUCUUGUGAUUUUUCCCAUUUUCUAUUCCUAUCGGAAAGCCUUAUCAUCUGUGUAGCACAAUGCUUCAGCCAAAAGUGUUAACAUCGGUUCUAAGCCAAGCCAAUACGGGAGGAGUAGAAAACACGAUAUUACUCACACACGAAGGAGCAUUAUUGGCAUUUUCCGGAUUUGGUGACCGCGAUGCAACGGUAACGGCGGCGAUAGCGAGCAAUAUAUGGUCGGUGUACGAAAAGAAUGGCCGAAACGCGUUUCGGGAAGAUCGACUUCAAUAUGUGUUUCUUCAGUGUGAGAAUGGUAAUGUCGUCAUCACGCAGGUUGCCAACCUGCUGCUCUGUCUGUACGCCCGGGACAACGUAGGACUUGGUAUACUGAAGGAGAAAGCACAAGCCCUUGCAACAUAUCUGGAGGGUCCACUAAAAGAGAUCGCCACAUCGUAGUGAACAGAAUGGACGAGAUAUUGUUAUUCAUAUUUAUUAGUGCUUAAUACAUUGGUUCAUUUAUUGGA